AAUAGUUAGCCCCGCGGUCACCAAAACAAAGAUGGCGGGAGAGGAGGCGAGUGUAGCCGCGGCCUUCGACAAAUAUUUGGCCUUGUACCGGGAAAUAGAGGCCUCCACACUGCCCACCGUGGACCCACACCUGCAGUCUCAAAUCAAGACAGCCAUCGCCGGUCUGAUCCGCACCACAGUCGUAGCCUCAGAGACCGGCAUUUUUAGCACCAACGAGACCCUGGAUGACCUCCCCACCUCCUCCAUCAAGCUGCUGCUCCUCCCGGCACUCCUCGGCACCCUGACACUCAAACGUACAGACACAGACAGGCCGGAAGUGUUAAGACUUGCCACUGUCUAUCUGAGGGAUUUCCUGAGACGGUGCUCUGAGUAUGGGGUGGUAAAGGGAUGUUUUCAAGAGGAGGAGGAAGAGGACGAGGAGGAGGAGGAGGAAGAAGAGGAAGAGGUGGUUAGAGGUGGUGGUGGUGGUGGUGGUGGAAGGUCUAAGCCAAGUCCGCAGGAGCUCCAGGCCAUGGCAAGACAGAGGCAGGACAAGAUUCAGCGUUUCCGAGAGAAGAAGGAGCUGGAGGGACGGCUGGCUGAGCUGCAGAAGGCGCUGGAGAAGAAGGGCCUGGAUGAGGAUGUUUUGAGAGAGUACCAGCUUAAACUAGUGAGGAAAUUUGUGUAUGAGAGUGUGGAGGAGCUGGAUAGUGUGACAAUGGAGAGACAAAUGUUGAAGAAAAUCUCUCUGCUUAAACUGAAAGAUUCCACCGCCAUCACCACCACCACCACCACCAAACCUGCUGCUCCUCUUAAGCCAAUCCUAAUCACACGCGAUGCUUGCCAGAAGAACGUGUUUGGUCUAGGUUACCCAAGUCGUCCCACUAUGACAGUAGAAGAGUUUUAUGACCAGCGGGUGAAAGAUGGAUGGUUCCCAGACCCCAGGAGGAACCACGGUUGCCUUCAGGACCGCGCCACAUUCACUCAAGAAGAGGAGGAGGCAGUGAAGGAGGAGGAGGAGGAGGAGGAGGAGAGGAAGGAGGAGGAAGAUGACCCUGACAACUUGGAGAGGUUGAGAGAGAGGGAUGAGUGGAGGGAUACGCACAGGAGAGGCUGGGGGAACACUUUUAAUAGGAGCUGAGUGGGAUUAAAGAGGAUUGAGUGUGUUUGAGUGAGAUUAAAGAGGAUUGAGUGUGUUUGAGUGGGAUUAAGAGAGAUUUGAGUGGGAUUAUAGGGGAUUGAGGGUGUUUGAGUGGGUAUAAGAAAGAUUUGAGUGGGGUUUAAGAGUAUUGAUUGUGUUUGAGUGGAAUUGUGUGUUUGAGUGGAAUCUAGAACGAUUUGAGUAGGGAUGAAAGAGGAUUGAGUGGGAUUGGCUGUGUUUGUGGAAUUGAAGAAGAUUUGGGUGAUUUUGAGCAGGAAAAUUUAGGUGCGUUUGAGUGAGUUAAAAAGGAUCCGAUUGAGUUUGAGUGGGAUUAAGGAGGAUUGAAGUGGGAUUAAAGAGGAUUUGAGUGAUGUUAAGUUGGAUUAAGUGAAUGAAAAAAAAUUAAGGGUUUUUAGUGGGAUUAAGUAAACUUUAAGUGGAAUUAAAGAUGAUUAAGUUGGUUUAAUUGGGAUUAAGGAUUUGAGUGGGAUUGAGUGUAUUUGUAAGGGAUUAAGCAAUAUUGAGAAGGAUUAGAGUCAUUUGAAGAUUGUUUUAAGUGAGAUUGAAGAAUAUUUACAUAAGAUCAAGUUAUUCUGAGGGGGAUUCAAGUAAGAGGAAGUGUUUAAUGUCGGAUUUAAAGGGAUUGAGGGGCAUUAAGUGGUGUUGAGGUGAUCUGGAGGCGUUCUGAGUGGGAUUAAUGUAUUUUGAGAGGGUUUAAGUGGGAUGGAGAAGUGUUACGGCAGUUUUGAGUGGGAUUGAGGUGAUAUGAGUGAGAGAGAGGCGAUCUAGAGGUGUUAUUGAGUGGGAGGAAGGUAAGGGAAGCAGUUUUGAGUGGGGAAUGAGAAAUAUGUGAGAGGAGAAGUGUUAUAUGUAAAUUAAAGAGAGAGAGAGAGAGAGAGAGAGAGAGAGAGCUGGUGGUUGUGAAAGAGAAAUAAAUAAAGUAGAUGAAUUUGA